AUGGAAAACUUCGGCUACAAGGAGGGCUCGUCGAAGCCGAAACGGCGGCUGACGCCGAAAUCGAUGAAGCGCCGCAACUCGCAGAUCGCCAUCAAACCCAGAUUCUCGAUCUCCCCGGAGUUGAACGUGCACUGGAUGAACCACCAGGACCAGGAAGCGAUGGUGACGGAGGACUUCGAGUACAUGAAGAUCGGUCCGUCGCCGCCGGCCGAGAGUGCUCCGAACAUUUUCGACAGCUACGAGGAGUACCCGGCGAGUGAGGCCGGGGGGUUGGAGAUCUCGCGCGAUUCGAUCCGCACCGCGCUCGUCGAGCAGAUGCGGCUCCUCGGGGCUCCGUCAGGAUCGGGCCGGGUCCAUCUGCUCGACGCCGUCGAGCAGGGUACGGUGGUGGCGGCAAACGUGCGCGAUCACUUCGGGGUCGCCAGUCGGGCGGAGAAGAACGUCGCCCUCCUGUGGGCGGCAUUCGUCAAGCGCUGGGACCUGCUGGAGCCACUGCUAGGAGCCGGUGCGGAGCUCGCGUUUCACGACACGAACGGCUUUACGGCCCUUCACCUGGCGGCGUUCAGCGGGUGCCUGAACUGUGCGGGGGCGCUGGUGGCGGCCGGGCUGGACGUGAACCUGCAGCCGAAGGCGUACACGCCGCUGCACUGCGCGGCAUUCGGAAAUGCCGCCCACACGGCCCUCUUCCUCAUCGGCAAGGGUGCCCGGUUGGACGUGAGCACGAGGCGGGCGAACGGCGAGGAGAUGCUGCUGCACUGCGCGGUCCGUGCGAACGCCAUCGACUGCGUGCGGCUGUUCAUCGGCGAGGGGGUGGAGGUGAACGCGAUCAAACCGAGCGGCAUGAACGCGGUGCACCUGGCGGCCGACCUCGGGCACGCCGAGUGCCUGCGGGUGCUGCUGGCCGCGCCCGGCACCGAUCCGAACAUCCGGAUCGGGAUCCGCGAGAAGGAAUCGACGGCGCUCCACCUCGCGGCGGACGAGGGCAACGCGGAGUGCGUCGGGCUGCUGCUGGAGCGGGGGGCCGAGGCGCGGCUCAAGAACCACCGCGGCUUCACGGCCCUCCACCUGGCGUCGCGCACCUCCAGCCUGGAGUGCGUGGAUCUGCUGCUGCGCGUCGGCGCUGCCGACCCGAACGAGGAGGACUUUGACAUGCGCACCCCGCUCCACACCGCGAUCGGGCGGUCCGAGUCGGCGUUCCACAUCAUCGAGACGCUCAUCUGCUGGGGCGCGGACGUGAACAAGAAGGACGUGUUCGGGUUUACGCCCCUGCACCUGGCGGCGCUCGACGGGCUGGCGCACUGCGUCGAGAUCCUGCUGUUCUACGACGCGGACGUGACGGCGAAGACGAAGAAGGGCACGAGCGCGCUGAACGUGAUCACGCGCAAGACGCCCGGCUCGCUGGCGAUGAUCACGCAGAAGUUUGACGACGCGAUGACCCUGCUACACUCGCAGCACCCCUCGGAGAAGGAGGUCGAACUGGAGCUCGACUUCCGCACGAUCCUGCAGCACUGCUACCCGCGCGAGAUUAGCUACCUCAACACGCUCGUCGACGAGGGCCAGAAGGAGAUCCUGCAGCACCCGCUCUGCUCCGCGUUCAUCUACAUCAAGUGGGGCAAGAUCCGGAAGUACUACAUCGCCCGGCUUCUGUUCUGCUUCGUGUUCAUCCUGUUCCUCACGCUGUACGUGUUGACGGCGCUCGCGCACAAUUGCUACAACGGCAGCAAGGACAUGGAGGAGACGAUCCAGGAGCAGGAACUGUGCCAGAAGCAGUCGAUCCUGGGGAACAUGCUGCGCCGCAAUCCGUUCGUGAUGGAGAUGCAGUGGCUGGUGCUGGUCGCGAUCACGUUCGUCGAGAUCUGCCGGAAGCUGUACGGCAUCACGGGCUACUCGUCGAUCCGGCGCUACGUCACGCAAAUGGAGAACAUCACCGAGUGGUUCAUCAUCGUGAGCGUGUUCGUGAUCUCGUACAUCUACACCAAGCGCACGUACACGUGGCAGAACCACAUCGGUGCGUUCGCGGUCCUGCUCGGCUGGACGCACCUGAUGGUGAUGAUCGGCCAGCUGCCCGUCUUCGGGGCGUACGUCGCGAUGUACACGAAGGUGCAGGUCGAGUUCGCGAAGCUGUUCAUCGCCUACUCCUGCAUGCUGGUCGGCUUCACCAUCAGCUUCUGCGUGAUCUUCCCGUCCUCGUCAUCGUUCGAGAACCCGUUCAUGGGCUUCAUCACCGUGCUGGUGAUGAUGGUGGGCGAGCUCGACCUGGAGCUGCUGAUCAACGACCCGGACGGCAAGGACCCACCGUUCAUGCUCGAGCUGAGCGCCCAGAUCACGUUCGUGCUGUUCCUGCUGUUCGUCACCGUUAUCCUGAUGAACCUGCUCGUCGGGAUCGCGGUCGACGACAUUCAGGCGCUCAAGAAGACGGCCACCCUGUCGAAGCUGGUCGGCCAGACCAAGCUGAUCUCGUACAUCGAGUCGGCCCUGUUCAAUGGCUGGCUGCCGAACUGGUUGCGCAGCCUCUUGCACUACACGGCCCUGGUUUCGCCGCGCGCGUACCGCGUCAUCCUCAGCCUGAAGCCGCUCAACCCGGAGGAGAAGCGCCUGCCGCGCAACAUCAUGAUGGCGGCGUACGAGAUCGCCAAAGACCGGGAGCAGCAGUUGGGCGGUACGGUCGCUGGGGACAGUGGAGCCGAGUUGCCGACGGCGGAUGGCGCCGGCGACGGUGGUACUGGAGGAGCCGAUGCCAACACGCUCGGUACACUGGCGGCGAAGAUUGAGGCGAGUACCGAGCGGAUGCACGAAGUGACGGGGGAGCUGCAGGAGCUGAAGCAGCUGCUGAAGCACAACCAGUCGCUGAUCGACGAGAUCUUCCGCCAGCUGACGACCAAGGAGGUGACAGGAGAACCCCUGUAGGGCAGGAGAAGAUGGGGUGCUUUAUUUUGUAACGAAUAUUAAAUGACAUAUGACAGCGAGCAACGCAACCCACGGAAUAGAGCUUGGUUGGCCUUGGUCGCUGCAUAAGAAACAGGCGAACGCACAAAGAAAAGCGAAAGAGUGCGUUGAACCGAACGACCAUUGAAAGGC